AUGCAGUACUUUGAUGGGCCUAAAGAAAGAAUUAAGAAACUGUUCAAUGAGGUCCAGCUUUCUGUUUCUUCAUAUGACACAGCUUGGGUAGCGUUGGUCCCUUCUCCAAAUUCUUUUGGGACCCCUUGUUUCCCAGAGUGUAUUGGUUGGUUAUUGGAUAAUCAGCUCAGCGAUGGCUCAUGGGGUCUUCCUCAUCGUCAUCCCUUAUUAAUUAAAGAUGCCCUGUCGUCUACAUUAGCAUCUAUCCUAGCACUUAAGCGAUGGGGUGUUGGUGAAGAACAAAUCAACAAAGGUCUACAUUUUAUUGAGUUGAAUAUCACUUCAGCUACCGAUGAGAAUCAACAUUCUCCAAUAGGGUUUGACAUAAUAUUCCCUGGAAUGCUUGAGUUUGCCAAAGAUUUAAACUUGAACGUCCCUUUUGAAACAAAAGAUUUAGAUGCCAUGCGUCACAUGAGGGAGUUAGAGCUCAGAAGAGGAGGCUACGCAGAGGAAAGGAAAUCUUACCUAGCAUAUAUUUCAGAAGGAAUGGGGAAGUUACAGGACUGGGAAAUGAUCUUGAAAUAUCAGAGGAAGAAUGGCUCACUGUUCAAUUCCCCAUCAACCACAGCAGCUGCUUCUAUGCACCUUCAGGAUGCUGGUUGUCUUAAUUACCUGCGCUUACUCUUGGAGAAGUUUGGGAAUGCUGUUGGUUAUGUUGAAUUCAUCUCUUCAGUUCCGACAGUUUACCCUCUGGAUAUAUAUGCGCGUCUUUGCAUGGUUGACAGUCUCGAAAGUUUGGGAAUUGAGCGGCAUUUUAGGCAGGAAAUCAAAAGUGUAUUGGAUGAAACAUACAGAUGCUGGCUGCAGGGGGAGGAAGAGAUAUUCCUGGACACUGCCACUUGUGCCAUGGCAUUUCGGAUACUGCGUCUUAAUGGGUAUGACGUCUCUUCAGGUACUUUGUUGAUUAGCAUACUAGGGCAUAAUGUCAUUUCAUGA